AUGGAGGUUCAGGCCUGUACCGCCAGCGACUAUGCGCUCGCGACUGUGCGCUUCAUCAAGCUGCUGCGCGAGGCGAAUCAGGCCGACACGUCGGACUACACCGCGGCCGGCUUCCCGCCCUGCCCGACUUUCGUCUUUAGCCUCGUCCGUCUUUCCGCUGCCGUGGCGUGGCUCGUCGAGUCCGAUUCGGACCAGCUCGAGCGGGCUUACGAGCUCGCCCAGCACAUCGUCCUGCCGACCAAGCCCGUCAAGAGCCACAAGUUCGCCGUUCGGCUCGGCCCGAUCACGCUGCGGCGCCCGUCCGACACGACGAGCGAGAGCAGCGAGUGGAGCCUCGGCUCGCACUCGUUCGCGCGCGGCGUGUCGAUCCACGUGCCGCACUGCGUCAUCAUCGACUGCGUCAGGGCGCUCAUGAUGCACUACAAGCACCAGCGCGACGGGUACGCGCGGCUCGGGCAGGCGCACCCGGGCCUGCCCGACGGCUACGACGAGCAGAACGCGCACAACGUGCUCGCGCUCGUCCUCAUGUACCACUUUUACACCAAGCGCCCCAACGCGCACCUCGACGCGCGCAUCAUCGACGGCGACUUUCGCGCGGCGUUGAGCGACAUUUUGGGAACGACGUACGACGAAGUGCAAAACUUCGUCUCCCACGAGCUCCUGCCGACCUCGCCGACCGUCCAACACGCCCUCGCCGUCCUCGUGCGGGGCCUGCCGGAGGGUCACACGCCCCGCAAGCGCGCCGAGCUCGUGCAAGACGUCCACGCUGCGCUCGCCUGGACCAGCCUCAAGUUCCCGGCGUUCGACAACGAGCUCGACCAGGUCCCUCGUCGCGGCCUGUCCGACCACUCGCUCGGCUCUGUGCGCUCGCGGGGCCGCCACGAGGGCCGCCGCCUCGCUGCGUCGGCGUCGUCGAGGUUCUGAGCGGGCUCGAGGAGGAAGGAGGAGGCGGACGGCGGGACGAGGGCGGGCUGGCCGUAGCUCUUGCCCUAGAGACGCAACGAGGAUGCCUCUCGAUCUGUCCGACUC